AUGUUACGCCUUCAGAAGGGAACUGGCGAGGAGCUCACUAACUCCAUCCAUACAAUAUGGAAGCCAACGAGUCUCACCUCCGAGGGUCGACGCAACAGGCGAAAAUGCGACGACAGAAGAGACAACGAGAGACACGAAGACGAGAGAGGAUGGUAUUCAAGCUGGGACCUAAGCGGCUUGCAACCCCCUCGCCGGCGGCCUUCCGGAUGCGAACCAUGGCCAUCGGCACGAACCCUCACCCUUCGGGACGGAUAG